AGACGAAUUAUUCACAGUACUCACUCUCCAUUUGUUGGUCAACGUGACGGAUACACAAGACAGGUAGUGAGAUAGAGCAAUACUCGACUCUCUUACAGUUCGUUCACAACAUUGUCGUGUCAUCAUGACCGGCCGAGUCUCAUCCCCACCGCCAAACGCUAUUCUCACUCAACACGAGAUUCUUCGCUGCCCUCCAAAUGCUCCCAAGCGACGCCGUUCUCCACCGGCACUAUAUCAAGGGUCUUCGGAUAUACCCUAUCUGUGCCUGGAAGCGGAUGGCUACGAUGAGCUUCCCGCUCGACAGCUCUAUCCACGACGCAAGUUUGUAGUAUUGGAAAGCCAGUUCAAGUCGUGUCAAUCGAACCGGAAUGUCCCACUGGUUUCUAGCUUUCGCCCCUUGAAUUUGGUCGAAGAUGACGAAGACGACGACGACGACCAAAAAGUAGGGCAAGAAUCGCAACUGUCUCACCAAUCGAGUCUUCAAGACCGACCCUCGUCGGAAGCAAACGACUCGUCACCUAACUCACAGUGUCGGCUCUUUUGACCCGGCAUCUACCAAUCUUGCGCAAGAAAAACCUUGUUGUUUUCCUCAUCCUGUAUACCACUCUGGAAUGUUUCAUAAAUCUCGUUCGAUCCGUAGAGAGACGCUUGUUCUACGGCCCUUGUUAACAAUAAGGAUUUUACAUUACAUACUUC